CUUAGGGUUUCGUUUCUCUCAUCUUUGUCUUCGCAGGAGGAGGAGGGCAUUGAACUUGGUGCACUCAUCGAUCGUGAUCGCGCCAUCGAAUCUACUCUUCGGAAUUAUUUGGGGAGCCAGGUUUUGGAUUGAUCGGGGAGAGAAGGAAGGGGUUUUCAUUUCGAUCCUGGCGAUGGUGGGGGCGAGCGAGGAGCGGGAGCUGGAGCGGUUGGAGAAGCAGGUGGAAGAGGGCGGAGGAGGGGUUGUGGAGUACUUGAGCUUAGUGCGUAAGUUGAAGGUCAGGAGGUCUAAUAUCGUCGCCAAACAUGGGCUUCAGCUGCUCAACCAGGCUUCCGCGAGGUCGAAGCUCGGAUCCGACCUGUGGACUGUAUACGAGCAAGUGGCAAUAGCCUGCAUGGAUUGUCAUGCACUUGAUUCUGCCAAGAAAUGUAUUAAUGCUUUGGAUUCGAAAUUCCCUGACAGUAUGCGAGUUGGUCGGCUGGAAGGGAUGUGGUAUGAGGCAAAAGGAUCAUGGCAAAAAGCUGAGAAAGUUUAUUCCAACCUUCUGUCUGAGAAUCCUUCUGACACUGUUGCUCAUAAAAGAAGGAUUGCCAUGGCUAAGGCCCAGGGGAACAUGACUGUUGCUGUAGAAGGCUUAAACAAAUAUCUAGAAACGUUCAUGGCUGAUUAUGAUGCUUGGAGAGAACUUGCUGAUAUAUAUACCUCCCUGCAGAUGUACAAGCAGGCUGGCUUCUGCUUCGAAGAGCUUAUUCUUUCACAACCUACAAAUGCACUGUACCACUUGGGUUACGCUGAGUUGCUAUAUACAAUGGGAGGCAUUGACAAUUUGCGGACUGCUCGAAAGUAUUAUGCAUCAACUAUCGAGCUGAGCGGGGGCAAGAACAUGCGUGCCUUGUAUGGAGUGUGUCUGUGCGGAGCUGCUAUUAAUCAGGCAAGGGGGCGAGGGCGCACUGAGGAGGAGAGCCAGGAACUGGUUUCUUUAGCUGCUUCUGUUUUAGUGAAAAAGUAUAAAGAAAAGGCGUCAAGCAAAGCUGGACUGGUCUCAUCAAUCUUAGACAAGUACAAACAGCUAGCUGUUGCUUAAUGGAAGAUGUUUGUAUUUCUUUUGCUAGUUGUAGGUUUGUUUUACAGUCGCUAACAAACUUGAGCGUCCUGGUGAUUCAGCGCCAAAAAGUUUUUACGGGGUGGCAAGCAUGUUGGCCACUGCAAUAAUUAGAAUCUAUUUCUAAUUAUUCGAUACCUAAUUGUACCUAGUAAGAAUUUCACUAAGAUCUUAUUCUCUUGAUGACUUUCUCGCACUGUUAGUCACACGAGAAGCUCUAAUUUUUUCA